ACAGUCUCAAAUUUCUCAACUUUCGAGUUUCGACAACGUCAUGCCCAAUAACUCCAACCCUCCUCCUUCUUCGUCUGUGAUUUCAUCUCUUGGGCAUCAUCAUGAUGAAAUGCCUGACCGCAAAUCCAUAUGGGUUCUUGUUUCAAUCAACAAGUACAUUCUUGAAGCCAUAGAGAAUGCAAGGAAUGGCCUUAAACUGAGAUGCAGCUCCAGAUUGAGGAUUCAAAAACAAGAGUUCUUUGAAUUCUCAGAGCAGCAAGUCCUGUCAAAUCUGUACUGGGGUAUUGACGCCAUUGAAGCUGCAAUUCAGACUCAAGAGCCUGAAGAAAGGUCCUUUCGGCUUAGUAAUACAGAACAGAUGCUUCAGGUCCCAGUCAUGCUUGAUGAAGAAGGGGUUACAGCCUCAAUUCCAAAUCGUGACUUGGUGUGUUGCUCAUACUUUUGCCUCUCAGUGGUUCAGAAACUUCAAGGAGAUGAGUGGCAAGCAGCCCUGCAUUUUUUGCAAGCAGUACUGGUUUCUCCGAAGCUUGUUUGUACAGAAUUUGCACCAAAGCUUUGCGAGACCCUUUUCCCUCUGGAAGGAGGUGUCAGUACGAGCAUGGAAUCUGAUUCUACAAAGAGUACCGAAGAGGAGAUCAAUACAGCCACAAGGGAGAUGGCAAGGAAAUACAAGGAAUGUUUGAUGUAUUAUCGGGUCAUGUUUUAUGCGGAGACUCCAUGGUGGCGCAGGAUUGAGCCAAAUAUCAGCUGCGUAUCUUCUAAUUCAGUUCAAGAUGCGUCUGGACUGCAACGUUGCAAUAUGUAUGAUAAGGUGCAUCCACUUGAUAUUCAAGAAGAUGUUACAACUGUUAUGACCGACAAGGUAAAUGGAUUAAUGGAUAUUGCUAGAAGUAAAGAUCAUUGGAAAGCCUUAUAUCAGCUUCACAGGAAAAAACAUAAAAGAAUUUCAAGCAUUGAGUGCUUCAAGGAUAUGUUGUUAGAAGCCCGGUCUAGCAUCCCAACUUCUAUAGAUUCUUGCCAUGAGGACUUAAGAGACAAAAGGGACUUGGUAAAUUUUGAUGACAGUAAAUAUCACAUCAGAACUAGCAUAACAAACGAAGAUGAUCCACCGGCAGAAACAUCUGACUGGAAGCUAUAUCAAUGCUCCGGUUGGCAACAAGAACCUCAAAAUCCAUUGCAUGAACAGUUAGAUCAAAGAAAGAUGGUUAGCGUUGACUCAAGAAGAUUCUCCACUUCCAUGAAAGGCAUUGCUUCAACCAUCUCAAAGUACAUAGAUGGAGAAAGCAAUUAUAAGAUUGAUGAUGAACUUAUUGAAGAAGCUUUGCAGAUCCAAAAAUCACAUCUCUCUGAUCCAAUAGCAUUUAUGUCUGCCCACAAACGCUGGAUCAACCAAAGAAAUUAUGCAGAAAGUUCUGAAGGAAAAUUGUUAAGAUCAUCAGACCUAGGAAGCUUGAUGGAAGUAAGUUCACACUCCAGAAGAUACUUCAUCAGUGAACUAUCAGGACCAACUGAAAUGAAAAGUUCAGUUUUACAUCAUUCAGAAGCAUUAGGAAAUUGCGUUGAAGACUAUACAGCAGAUAUUGCAUCUUUUUAUGAGUGUUUGUCUAAUUCAUCAUGUAGCACGUAUGGUUUCUUAAAGGAUGUAAUUUUGGAUGAAUUGCUAUUUGCCAUCUCUACCUCUAAAGAGGAAAGGGAAAUAAGGGCGUCAGUUUCUAUGCUGACAACUAUUAUUUCAAGGAACAAGUCAAUCAUAGAAGACAUCAAGAAGAAAGGUUUGAAGUUGUAUGAUCUGGCAAGUGCUCUAAAACAAAAUGUCCAUGAGGCUGCAAUUCUCAUAUAUUUGAUAAAUCCAUCUCCUAUAGAUAUUAAAACACUGGAACUUUUACCAACUCUAAUGGAGAUUGUAUGCAGUUCCCGUAGUUACAAGGGUAAGCCAGAGUCACUUCUGCUAACACCUCAUGCAGCAUCCCUGAUGAUCAUUGAAGAACUAGUAACUUCAUUUGAUUAUGCCACAAAUAACAUGCAUCUGGCUGCUAUCAGUUCUCCCCAUGUUCUCAGUGGACUCCUUGAAGUUGCAAGAAACGAUAAUCUGAAAGAGGUUUUCUCUUUGAUCAUCAUUCUUAUAAAAUGCAUGCAGUUUGAUUCACAGUGCAGAGAGUACCUAUCACAAUUCACUCCUCUUGCCCCUUUUAUUCAACUCCUGAAGACAGACAGCAACCGUGCCAAACACAUGGCACUCGAAUUUCUUCACGAAAUCCUCUGCAUACCUCGGUCUUCAGCUAUUAGUCUGUUGCAGCGGAUGCAAAAAGAAGGAGGUGCCAAUGUUAUUCAGAUACUGAUGCUGUGUCUCCAUCAAUUACAAUCUGAUCACCAACUCUUAGCUGCUAGCAUAUUGCUUCAGUUAGAUGCAUUGAACUCUACCAGCAAAAGUGAGUUCGGAGAGGAAGUAGUGCAGGUGCUGCUCAGGGGAUUGGUCUCUCAAGAAAGCUCAGAGCAGAUGUUAUCUGCAUCAAUUCUAUCAAAUCUUGCUGGAACAUAUGGUUGGAACGGGGAAUCAUAUACAGCAGCAUGGUUGCUAAAAAAGACUGGUUUGACCUCUCCAUAUCCCCAGAAUAUGAUAAGAAACUUCAACCGGUUGGAUCAAAGCCUGCAGGAUACAAGCACAAAUUUAUGGUGUAGUAAGAUUGCCAAGUAUAUCAUAAGCAUUGGAGAUUCAAUCUUCCAUGCUUUGGAGAAGGGGCUAAAAAGCAAAAUAAAAAGACUUUCAAGAGACUGCCUUGUGACAAUUGCAUGGCUUGGAUGUCAGAUAUCAAAAAGCCCAGACAGCGUAAGAUAUUCUGCAUGCGAGAUCUUGCUAAGUGAAAUUGAGCAAUUUUUACAUCCGGGGAUGGAGCUGGAAGAUAGACUUUUAGCAUGUCUGUGCAUCUACAACUAUGCCUCUGGCAAAGGAAUGCAAAAACUAAUUCAUUUCUCAGAAGGCGUGAAGGAAUCAUUACGACGCCUUUCAAAUAUAACCUGGAUGGCUGAGGAAUUGCAUAGAGUAGCUGAUUACUUGCUGCCAAACAUAUCAGUGAGUAUUCACAAACAUAAUCGCAAGACUUGCAUGCAUUUCUAAAUAAGAACUUACGAAGUUCUCCAUGUGGUAUUCAUAAAAAUUGAUUUAGCAAAAGAUCUGCACAAUGUGCAGGAGAUUAUCAUGCAGUGGCUAUAUAUGGAAAAAUGAACAUAAAGAUCUUUAUGCC